GUCCUUGUCAUUUUCCCCUCGCCACAGCCUCAAAGGAAGCACGCAUGGACCUAUACACUGCCAAGGUCGAAGCGGCGGCGUCCGGUGACCGAAAGAGUUGCGUGGACUUGUUGGAGUACGUGCGAAAGGAGAAGAUCCGCGUCCCAGAGAUUUCCUUGAAGGUGGGCAAGAAGCUGAUUGCCGACGGCGGGCUCCCGUCGGAUGUGUUGUACACUGUCUACGAGCAAACCAUCCUCGCCGCCCUGGACUUGAACGACCUGGACGUGGUCAACAGCUUCAUCCCAGUGCUCAAAAGCCGCUUCCCAGACAGCUCUCGCGUCUUGCGUCUCGAGCUGAUGGUGCUGGAGGCGAACGGCAAGUACUCGCAAGCCGACGCGUUCUACCGUGACAUGCUGCAGAAGAACCCUUCUAACAUGCUCAUCGUGAAGCGUCAAGUGGCCAUCUUGAAAGCCCAAGGCAAGAUCGACGAAGCCAUCGAGCAGCUCAACAAGCUUCUCAAGAAUUUCCAGACGGACGCCGGCGCGUGGAGCGAGUUGGCCGACCUGUACUUGACUGUAGGCAACUACACCAAGGCGGCGUUCUGCUUCGAGGAGCUCAUCUUGACCAACCCAUUGAACGCGUUCUUCCACGAACGCCUGGCCGAGAUCUACAUCACCAUCGGCGGCUACGACAACCUCAAGGUCGCGCGAAAGCACUUGGCACACUCGCUGGAGCUCAACGACACCAACAACGCCCGCGCUCUCAUGGCGCUGGUUGUGUGUACGUCGACGCUGGCUACCCUCAAGACCAAAGCGGAUAAGGACGACAGGGAGCUGAACCAGCGACUGCACCAGUUUGCCCUGACCAAACUGAAAGGAUCGUACAAUGCCCAAGCCAACUCCGACGUAACUAGCGUGGUGGAACAAGUGCUGGAUUCGACCAAGGAAGCGUUUGAAGAGUAGUACAAAUAAUAUCAACAUAUUAACGAAAUAUGCGUCACAAUUGC